AUGCAAUCCCGCAGUGGACUGAACUUUCUCUUUCUUUCUUUUGUUUUUUUCUUCUUUCCCCGUGCGAGGAGGAAGGUGUGGCAAACCACUCCUCAGGUCAAUCUGCUGCAGCAGCCAAUUGGCGGGGUUUCGGGGGUGCAUAAACACCGCAAACAAAACACCCACACCCGCGGCCCCGCCCCGAGAUUCAGUGUAAUCGACUACAGCCAAAAGGCGGGUUGCCCGGAGGAGGGGUCGGAGGUGAGUGCAUUCGACUGUAGGACCAACGGGCGCGGUUGUCCAGAGUGCAUAAAUAUCAAAAACAAAAACACACACGCCCGCUCAAGGGAUAAUCGUGGAAAGGGCGGAUACGCAUGUUGUCAUGGGGCGCGGAGGAGGAGGACUAACGAAGAUACCGGCCGCCUGGAGGAGAUGAAAACUAACCUACUAACUCAUCUUGACCAUGUCUCGAUUGAAGGAAGCGCACCACCUACCCUACCCGGACCAAAAAACAAGACACUUCCGUUAAGAAGGGGUAAAGCAAGCUCUACCGAUCCUUAUCCCCGCGCGGGGGUUACGGUGGGCGGUGGGCGAUGUAGUAAAUCCCUUGUAACCUGCGAUAAUGGAGUGCUCAGAUACGGCACUGCCACAAGGAGGGAGCGCGCCAACUCAUUCUAUCCGGACCAUCACAUACCAAUAGUCGUUGCCAACUCAUCACAGAAUUGGAUUUAUAAGGAUGCCCGCCGCACGGCCGGAGAAAUUAUCUACCUUCCCUUGCCUGCCAGGGUUGUUGUUAAAAACGAUGAUCGUUUUAUCGAUCUUUCGUGUUUGAUUGAGAAGGGAAGGGAAACAGAGGUCGUUGACAACCCUGGAAAUCCUCCUGUCUGCACCUCCAAACAAUAG